AUGCACAGCGAGAAACCAGCGACUCAACCCUGGAGACUUUAUGUGGACGGCUCGGUGACGAGAAAUAAAAGCGGGGCGGGAAUAAUAUUAAAGACUCCCGAUGGAUUCAAACAUGAGUACGCCCUGGAAUUUCAAUUCAAGGCAUCAAAUAAUGCGGCUGAGUACGAAGCUUUAAUCGGGGGCUUGCAACUCGCCCGGGGCAUCAGAGUGGAAAGAGUAGAAGUAUUCAGUGAUUCACAGUUGGUUGUAAAUCAGGUCAACGAGAGCUUUGAAGCUAAGGAGCCUCAGUUGCACUCUUACCAAGCAUUAUCAAAAGCCUUCAUGCAACAUUUCAAAUCAGCCUCUCUCUCUCACAUCUCCUGGAAAGCAAACCGUCAUGCAGAUGCCCUCGCCCGGCUAGCCACUGGAGGGCCCGGGAAAGGCAGAAAGAAGACAAGGAUUGAGGUGCUUGGGCAGCCUAGUAUCAGUAAGACAAUCUCUGAGAUAUUCAUGGUUGAGACGGGACCUAGAGAGCCCACAUGGAUGGACCCCAUAAUCGAAUUCAUGAAGGCGGGGGUUCGCCCGGAGGACAGGCGGCAGGCGCGAAAGCUGCAAUCGAGAUGUGCUCGGUACACCCUCAUGAACGGGAAGUUAUACCGCAGAGGUUACAAUCUCCCAAACCUCAAGUGCGUAACAGCGGAAGAAAGAGAAGUGAUCAUGGGAGAAAUCCAUGAAGAGGUGUGCGGGAUCCAGAAUGGAUCCCGGUCGUUAGCACACAAGGUGUUACGCACAGGGUUCUUCUGGCCCAACAUGGGCGCCAUGGCGGAUAGGAUGUCGGCGAGAUGCCAUAAAUGCCAUUUGCACGCCAACGAGAUACAUUCCCCUUCCAUUGCAUUAUCAAUAUUGUUGUCACCCUGGCCUUUUGCGCAAUGGGGCCUUGAUCUCAUCGGGAUACUGCCUACGGCUCCGGGCCAGUUCAAGUACGUGAUAGUAGCUGUUGACUAUUUCACGAAAUGGGUGGAGGCAGAGCCCCUGGGGAAGAUAACCAUUGAGUGUGUGAAGAAUUUCCUGAUGAAGAACAUCUAUUGUAGAUUCGGGGUCUCGGAGACAAUCGUCAAGGACAAUGGCACACAAUUCAAUAAUAACUAUCUAAUUGAAUUCACAAAGGGCAUGGGCACCAAGAUGGUCUUCGCGUCGGUGGCGCACCCGCAGACCAAUGGUCAGGUGGAGGCAGUUAACAAGAUCAUAAAAAACUCCUCAAAAGGAAGUUAG